ACAGCCACGUCUCAUCAUCCUAUUGGCUUGAACGCUUCCGGCUUCUUCUUCUAGGAUGAGAUUAACGGGACGUGCAACAUAUACGUUGCAAUGAGUACAAUAUCUGGAUUAGACUGGCGCGGAUUGCAGCCAUGAUGGCGUCGAGCUACAACGCGAAAGAGGAGGACGGACACCACCCGGGCGCGUCGAAUAACGGCGGCCCCGGGGUGGUGAAGAGUAAGAAGCCGGACAACACCGCCUUCAAACAGCAGAGACUACCGGCCUGGCAGCCCAUCCUGACGGCGGGCACCGUGCUGCCGGCUUUCUUCGUCAUCGGGCUCAUCUUCAUCCCCAUCGGCAUCGGCCUGUACGUCACUUCCAACAACAUCAAAGAGUACGAGAUUGAUUACACGGGUGCAGACCCUGGCGAUGAAUGCUACAACUGUUCCCAGAACUUCACCUGGAACAGCACGACACCGUGUGUGUGCUCCGUGCCCUUCACCUUGACGCAGCCAUUUGAGAGCAACGUCUUCAUGUACUACGGCUUAUCCAACUUCUACCAGAACCACAGACGUUAUGUGAAGUCCAGGGACGAUAGCCAGCUGAAUGGCGACAGCUCUGCUUUAAUGAACCCCAGCAAGGAAUGCGAACCGUACCGCACUAGUGGAGCACAGCCCAUCGCUCCCUGCGGCGCCAUAGCGAACAGCCUUUUUAACGAUACUCUGGAGCUGUAUUACAUUGAUUCCAACGGCACCAGCAAUGCAGUUCCUUUGGUCAAGAAGGGGAUCGCGUGGUGGACGGACAAGCACGUUAAGUUCAGGAACCCUGGUGGAAACGACAACCUUACUAUAGCUUUCCAAGGCACAUCUAAGCCGGUGAACUGGAGGAAGCCGGUGUUUGAGAUGGACACAGAUCCCGAGAACAACGGCUUCAUCAACGAGGACUUCAUCGUUUGGAUGCGCACAGCUGCGUUGCCCACCUUUCGCAAGCUCUAUCGUAUCAUCCAGAAGAAGUCCAGCAGCACCCCCACCCUAGCCAGCGGCAACUACGUCUUGAACAUCACUUACAAUUACCCCGUGCGCAGCUUUGAUGGUCGCAAGCGGAUGAUCCUGAGCACCAUCUCCUGGAUGGGAGGCAAGAACCCUUUCCUUGGCAUCGCCUACAUCACCGUGGGCUCCAUCUGCUUCUUCCUGGGUGUGGUCCUGCUCAUCAUCCACCAUAAAUACGACACCCGCAACAACAGUGCAGAUAUCCCGGGCUAAUCUGUCCGUGUAGCGCGUUUUCCUGUCUGCAUGCAUGGUUGACCCUGAAGGCGGUCUGUUCUGCGCUGCUUGUUGACUUUAGUGUGAAUACACUGGUUUCUGUUUAUUGUUGUCCGAAGAGUCUCAUCAAAAGCUGUGAUUUUGGGCAACUAAUGCAAAGAAUGAUGCUUGCGUCUGUGUCUCUGUACAUAUAGCUUUGAAUCAGCUGCUGGGAAUGUAAUUUUCCUGUGUUCAAAAAAAUGUAUUUAUCUUUUUAUCUAAAUCAUAUCAAAGUACCUUGAUUUAUUUUAGCAGUGCUUUGCGAAAUGGAUCCUUUUACUGAAGGAUGUAUGCAUUUCUAAUGCAGCUUUUGUCCAUAACAUGUACUGUAAUAUGUCCUGCUGACGAAUGUACCAUUAUAUUUUAUUGACAUACCUCUGGCUUUGCGAUUACCUUGAAUAUAGGAUGGUAAAACCAUUGCUCGUGUGACGCUGGCCACGGCGAGCACGGCUAUCGCUGAUACCGAGCAUGAAGUAUGUAACUCAUAGGAUACAAGUAGCACCACGGUUGUGGCUAUUUACCCUCUGCAGCGACUGGCUGUAUACAGAUGCUGAACCGGUCCUUAGGUUUACUUUUGAAGUCAUAAUCUGAUGCUUGUUGAUGAAACGCCAUCGCCUCAGGCAGAUAAGAGCACAAACGUGGUUUUGUUUUUACAGAGUGUUCGAUCAUCUUGUGUUCUUCAAUGUUGACCAAAUGAUAUGCACUUCAGUGUCCCAUUUGUUUGCCCCACCACCCCUCAAUUAGACUGCAUCCUGUUAUAUAAUUACAUUCUUCAUUAAAUCCAAUUCACCUGUUUUAAUUUGAAAUGUAUAGUUUUUUUUAUAAGGUUUGUAGGGCCCAAUUAAACAACCUGUUGAAUGUA